AUUAAUUAUGUGUUCUUAAUGUUAUUACUAUUUAAAGACUAACAAGGAAACGGCAAAGUCGGUUUAAUCAUCAUGCUAAUUUAAUUCAAUGUAUUUUUUUGUUUUGUGAGUAUUAUUUUGAAAUACUGUGACUUUUCUUUUGAAAAGCGGAAGUUACAAUGUUUUGGUAGCGAUAGCAGAAAUAGCUGUCAUUUUGCUCCGAUCCAUGUCUCGCUGUACAGUGGUGACUGUUUAUCAGUGAACAGACGACCAAUGUAACUCAUCAUCAGAAAAUUAAACAAGGAUACAACAUGGAGCGCUUUCUGGAUGUCGCACGGUCGAAAAUAUUUAUUUUAUUACCUUUUCUCUCCACAUUUCUGCUUGUGAAGAGUCAGGGUAAUGCCAUGAAUAAUGUCGAAACAGAGAGACAGGCUGAAGAAAGCCACCGACAGGACAGUGCUAACUUGCUUAUAUUUAUAAUGCUGCUAACAUUAACUAUUUUAACGAUAUGGCUAUUCAAGCACCGAAGAUUCAGGUUUCUGCACGAAACUGGACUCGCUAUGAUCUACGGUUUGUUGGUGGGUGUGAUUCUGAGAUUUGGAGUACAUGUUCCACAAAGUACGAGUGAUGUGGUGUUGAGCUGUGCUGUAAAUGCCAGUCCUGCCACUCUGCUGGUCAACGUGAGCGGGCGCUUCUACGAAUACACUCUAAAAGGAGAGGUCAGCCGCGCCAAAGGUCACCAGGUUCAGGAUGAUGAGAUGCUCCGAAAGGUAACAUUUGACCCUGAAGUAUUUUUCAACAUUUUACUACCACCAAUCAUCUUUCAUGCAGGCUACAGCUUGAAAAGGAGACAUUUUUUCAGAAACAUUGGGUCUAUCUUGGCCUAUGCCUUCAUGGGAACAGUUGUCUCCUGUUUUGUGAUUGGGCUGAUCAUGUACGGGUUUGUGUCCUUCAUGAAAGUAGUGGGACAGCUUGGAGGAGAUUUCUACUUCACAGACUGCCUCUUUUUUGGCGCUAUCGUUUCUGCAACAGACCCAGUGACGGUUCUGGCCAUUUUCAAUGAGCUGAAGGUGGAUGUGGACCUGUACGCUCUACUGUUUGGAGAGAGUGUCCUCAACGAUGCAGUGGCAAUCGUCCUAUCUUCGUCUAUUGUUGCAUACCAGCCAGCGGGGGAUAACAGCCACAGUUUUGAGGCAAUGGCCAUGCUCAAGUCCUUUGGAGUUUUUCUGGGAGUUUUCAGUGGAUCCUUUGCUCUUGGAGUGGCCACUGGAGUUGUAACUGCAUUUGUCACUAAGUUUACAAAGCUGAGGGAUUUUCCCCUACUGGAAACCGCCCUCUUCUUCCUCAUGUCCUGGAGCACCUUCCUACUGGCAGAGGCCUGCGGGUUUACAGGAGUGGUGGCGGUGCUGUUCUGUGGCAUCACUCAGGCUCACUACACAUACAACAACCUCUCCCCGGAGUCUCAGGACCGGACCAAGCAGUUGUUUGAGCUGCUGAACUUCUUAGCGGAGAACUUCAUCUUCUCAUACAUGGGGCUGACCUUGUUCUCCUUCCAGUCCCACGUCUUCAACCCUCUCUUCAUCAUAGGAGCAUUUUUGGCCGUGUUUUUGGGGAGAGCAGCCAACAUUUACCCUCUGUCCUUCCUGCUGAACCUGGGACGAAGGAACAAAAUCGGAUACAAUUUCCAACAUGUGAUGAUGUUUGCAGGUCUUCGUGGGGCAAUGACCUUUGCCCUCUCCAUUCGGGACACAGCGACAUACGCACGUCAGAUGAUGUUUUCAACCACACUCCUCAUCGUCUUCUUCACUGUGUGGGUCUGUGGGGGCGGGACCAUGCCAAUGCUGUCUUUCAUGAGUAUACCGGUGGGUGUGGACUCAGAUCAAGAAAACACAAGUGCCACAAUGUUGGAUGGGUCCCAGAGGAGAAACACAAAACACGAAAGUGCCUGGCCGUUCAGGAUCUGGUAUAACUUUGAUCACAAUUACCUGAAGCCGCUGCUGACCCACAGUGGACCUCCUCUCACGGCGACACUGCCCUCCUGCUGUGGCCCCCUCGCACGCUGUCUUACCAGCCCACAGGCCUACGAGAACGAGGGCCAGCUCCAUGACGAUGACGACUUCGUUUUGAAUGAUGCCAGUGUCAGUUCGAUGUAUGCGGAUGUGACUGUGAGCACCGACGCCUCCGGGUCUCGAACCAUCAACCACAAACGCUCCAGCACCGGAGCGGGUUUUCCUGAUGAUGGCCUCGAUAAUGACCUGGCCCUGUCCGAAAAUGAGGUAGCCAUCAGGGGAACGCGCCUGGUCCUGCCCAUGGACGACCCACUGGACGCCCCAACAACAGUCACGCUGCCCCCUCCGCCUUCCCCGCCCAAAUCUGACCCACGCAGGCACAGACUGUAAAGGUGUCACUAAUUUAAUAUUUCAGUGUAUUAAUUUAAUGUGAGUUUUAAUUUAUUUCAUGUGUUAGGUCAUGCAAUAUAUGUAACCAGUAAGUUCAGCGAUAAACUUGAGGUGAUUUUGUUUUAUUGUCAGGACUACACAACUAACAUUUAAAGCUGACUGUACCCUAACCAAUCAUGUUGAGUAAGCACAAGUAGUCUCAUAUGUAACAUUUCUUUAUGUAUUUACUGUUCACUGUAAUAUUAUCCCACAAACACUCCAACAAGACUUUCAUUUAAUUAUGAAGUUUAAAGAACACUAUGUAACUUUUCUGGUGAAGGGUCUACCACUUUUUUGUCUCCAUGGAAUGUUACAUAAUAUGGCGUUAAACAAAUAAAUCUUGCAUUUAGUCAGUUGCAAGAAUGUGAUUUAGGUAUUUAUUUGGGAAAACAUGUAUUAAUGCUGUGAAAGGCUCGCAGCUUACAGUAGAUCUGUGCAUCUACUGUCGAUCCACAGAUCUACUUGAUCUGGUGAAGUCACCCACUUGUUUCCAUGGACUGUAGUGAACAUUCCAGUCAAAGCAAUAACAUCUCCAUGGGACAGAGGUAGCGGACCUUCCAACUGCAAAGUUACAUGGCCCAUCUUUAAUGUCACUAAGUGGGUCUUGUAAUUAGACAUAUUGAGAAUAAGUUUCCCAUUAAAAUAAUACUUUAUUCAUCAUUCAAUCAUUAUUAGAUUAUGUUACAUUUAUUCUUUUGUUAAGAAACACACAAUGAUUUAGUGACAUCUAGUGGAGAAACAAAAAAGUAUGUACUUAGCUACAGUAUAACAUAUUAUCAGUACAUAUCAGUACAACAAGGUUAUUAAUGUGAAUGAGCCUCAUAGUUCAUCUUGCAGUGCAGUUGUGCAUAGUUUGCAGGUCAGUAUGGUCCUUUCUGGGCACAUUUUGCUCAAGCUAAAGAUGUGUUCUGUGAAAAGAAAUAAUAAUAUAUACUUUUUUUGGUCUAUAUUGAGCCUGUUAUUAGCACUAUUACUUACGGUACAAAUCAAUUCUGGCCAGAGGUGGCUAGUACUCUUCAUUUCAGAUUUCUGAAAGCGUCUGACACUAUACGUUCACUCCUACUUCAGUAAUAUAUUCUACAAUGUAACAGUAACUUGCUAACUACUAAUGCCCCCCCGUGACUUCUUGUUUCAAUACUUACUACUUUAGUCAUUUAGUAGUUUCCUCCAAACACUUUUUAUUCAACUUUACUUGAAUCAUAUUAUCUUGAGGUGGCAUUGCUCUUAUUUGAGUACAACUUUUGGAUACUCUACCCACCUCUGAUUCUGUCAACUCUUAACAUAUAAGUAAGGUACACUAAAUCAAAGUGCUUAGUGCUUUGUGAAACUUGGUGAAAUGCACAUUUUUAAUGUACUAUAUUUUAUUUAAGCAUUAUUUUGAGUUCUGCAUUGAAGGUUCGGAUAUGACACUGUCUACAAAAAAGCAACUGAAUGGUACAAUAAUGUGGGCAGUAGUUAACACAUUGGUCACAUGUCCUCAGCUGACAAUUUGUGUCAAAAUGUUGAAAGAGUAAAUGAAUCACUGGAUAGUAAUACAUGUUUAAUAUACUACUGUAAACUUUAGGCUUAUCCAUAGUCAUAACGCUGCCUUUUAUUGCUCAUCUGUUUAUGAACCUCCUUUUUAUUUAUUUUAUUUAUUGUUGUUGUUGUGUGACAUUAAUAAUAGAAACAGAGGAUUUGGGGUAUUUUCAUUUUAAUUUGCACUUUUUAUUAAAUCAGUUUAACUUUUACAGAGAACAGGAAGCUGUUGUUUCAUUUUGUGCAUGUUAAAAUAUUGUAGCAUUUAUUAAUUUAUAUACUGUACUUGGAAAAUAGUGCUUCCUUGUCUGUAAAUUGUAAAAGUGUGUAUGUGGCUACAAUGAACUUUCCAAAUUUCACAUGAUGAUUGGGGCUAUUAAUUUUUUAAAUUCUCUGUUUAAAAAAAUAACUGCCAUGACUUGGAGACCGAAGGACAGGCUGAACUGUUUUAAAUGAAGUGCCUAUUUUCAGAAAUUGAUUUUCCUGUUAUAGAUUUGUAAAUAUUUAAUUGGUGCAGUAAAACUGUUCAGUUUUAUACAAUUUAAUCCCUCACGCUCUUGUAUUUUGUUUGAUUGUUGGUCAAAUUAAGAUUUUGAGCCAAAAUACUAUUUACUUAUUAUAUUUGUUGGAUUUUCAUAGACGUUUUCAACAAAACAAGAA